CUUUAUUAUCCAUUUCCACAUUGUUUCUUUAUUCUCGGCAUUUUUGUGUGAGCUUGCCGUGCUUCGGAAUCGUAACACGUAACACCCCGCAACUUUUUAAUUCUUUAAUUUUUGAGUGAAACCACGGAAAUUAUAAAGAUUUAUUAAUGGCAGCCAAAGUAGUUAAGUACAUCGGACGCACCACCGAUUUCAAAGGUAAAACCUUAUGGGAAAUUGUGGGAGAUCUGAAAGAUUUCGGUGUUGGCCGGUUGGUGGUACGCAACAUGUUCCAACGUUACCCAGAGCCUUGCUAUAUGCGUAUAUUGAAGGUUGAUACUGUGGAUGCAGAGGACGGUGAUAAGCCCCGCAAAGUUAAGGUGACCGUGGAGAAAACCUGGCGUGGUGUUACCCUACCCAAACCUGUGGAAAUUUUCAGCACAAGCUACAAGGCCGAUUAUGAAUUAGUGGACAAGGAGGAUGAACCUAAAUAUUUACAAAAUACAGCAAAAGUCGAAGAAAAGAUUCUUAGUCCCUAUGUAGAAUUCCCUCCAUUGCUACGUGAAUUCAUUUCCGAGGAGACGGGAAACAAAAAUCCCCAAAUGAAGGUGCAUUUUAAGCAAACCGAUAAUAAGUUUGUACGUCUCGCCAAGGAGGGCGAAAAACCCACAAUACAAGUCACUAUGGGAUUGGGUCAACCCUCUGUCAUAGCCAAGAAGUUGUAUGAAGGUGUGUUAUAAGUGUUAAAUUGUUGUCUGCAUAGAAAAGUAAAUCUAGGAUGAAGUUAAAAUAAAAAAAAAAAAAUAUGGAAAAGCAA